AUGUUUAUUGUCGUGUAUUUUUGUCUCAUCUUCACAGCUUGGAUUUCCACAGAUGGCAACAUGUGUGCACCUUUACUAUAUUUCUCUGGCACACAGUCAGGGAACAUCUUGAAUAGGUUUGGUCAAGAUAUUCAGCUUGUCGAUAAGCAACUAGCAGCUGCGACUCAAGGCUUCAUUACUCAAAUCUGCAAGCUGAUUAUGCAGACAACGAUCCUCCUAGUCGUUCAAUAUCGGCUUGCUUUGACCUUGCCAUUCUGUGCCAUUAUUGUGUACAUUGUCCAGAAAGUGUAUUUGCGCACAUCUCGACAGCUGCGAUAUCUUGAACUAGAGUCAAGAUCAGCGGUUUAUUCGAGUUUCCUCGAGACGGCUCAAGGCAUUGCGACAAUCAGAGCUUUUGGCUGGCAGAAAGAGAUCGCCGAUGACAAUACCAAGCACCUAGACGAUUCACAGCGGCCAUUCUACUUACUCUUCUGCCUUCAGAGGUGGCUCAACGUUGUCCUUGAUCUGUUGAUUGCGAUGCUUGCUAUUGGCACCAUCGCGCUUGCCGUUGCUCUCAGGGGCUCAACCACAGGUGGCCAAGUAGGAGUCGCACUGAACUUGAUUAUCGUUGCCAACACGACUCUCUUGAGCCUUGUGACAUGGUUCACAAAUAUUGAAAUAGGACUUGGUGCUAUUGCGCGUCUAAAGGAGGUCGAAAAUGACACGCCGAAGGAAUCUUUGAACGAUUCUGCUGGAACACAGGUAACCGUUCCAACCGCAUGGCCAUCGUCUGGUAAUGUUUAUUUCAAUCGCGUGAAAGCAUCGUACAAUGGUAAAUCUUCUUUGCUUUUGACUCUCCUCCGCUUGCUAGAGGUCGAAUCUGGCUCUAUCACGGUGGAUGGUGUAGACAUCAGCGCCGUUUCCCAUGCAGCGGUUCGCCGACGAGCAUUUAUCACCGUCUCGCAAGAUGCGUUCCUUCUUCCUGAUGCAUCACUCCGCUUCAACCUCGACCCGUAUCUUGAAGCCUCGGAGAGCCUGCUCGUUGAUCUAUUGAAACGCACUGCGCUUUGGUCACACUUUGCUCAUGCAGAGCCUUCUAUUCUUGGCGGCGCUGAUGAUGACACUGACGAAAGUGUUCGGGAACGGAUUUCGGAGCUGCUCGAGCAACCACUUGUGGCGUUGCCAUCGCUAUCUGUUGGACAGUCACAGCUUUUGUCUCUAACACGAGCCCUAGUGCAGAUCAAGAUUGCUUCGGAGCUUCCUGGGAGCUCCGCAGCGUACUCGGAUACGCCAAGGGGCAAGCCAAUUGUGCUUCUCGAUGAGGUGACAGCAUCGCUUGACCCCGUAACCGAGUCAAACAUGUACGACAUCAUUGAAGAGGAAAUCAUCAAUCACGGCCACACUGUAAUCAUGGUCACGCAUAAGCUCGGCGCAUUCGCCAAGAGGAUGCGGCCUGAGAAGGAUAUUGUUGUUUGGAUGAAAGAUGGCAAGGUUGAGAAAAUAGGGGGUGCGGAGGAUAUCUAG